UGCUCUUUAUUUGCAGCUACUUUCUCAACAAUUAGGAAACACUGCCAUCACGUGGCUGUCGUGUGAUGCAUAGCCCAAACUGUAAAUUGACCAAUUUUCUCUAAUACCGUUUAAUAUGUAGUUAAACCAAAGAACACACCUCUUGGUUCAAACAGCUGAAGUGAAGCAAUGGUAACUUUAAUCCUAAUGUAAAAAGGAUACUUUUUAUAAAGUUUUUCAGGAAAUAACUGCCUGGGUUCAAUUCUUGGAUUUCUUACUUUGUUUUCAAAAUUCGAAUCUAAAUCUUUAGUGAAUUCUGAUCAGAAGGAUCCUUUCUAUUCCCAGUAACCCCUAUCUUAGAAUCAUAAACUCUCUGGCCCUGCACAGAUUCCACCAUCUCCAGGUCAGUUUGGCACCAAACUGUCUCCAGACCAUUUCCCACAACCGAGGCAAAUUCUGUUUCAGUCCUAGGUCUGCUGUCCUUGUAUAGUCGAGCAGUUGGACAGACUCAAAUUCAAACAUUUUCACCAUUUUUAACCUGGGGGAUUUUGGGCAAGUCACUAAACCUCUCUAAGCUUCAGUCACUUCAUCUGUAAAAUGGGGAUGACACUUCCACAGGGUUACUGUGAGGAUGAAAAGAUGACACGUGUAGCCUACCUGGCAUAUUGCAGAUUCUCAUAUAAUAACGGAGUCCUCUUCCUUCCCCUCCGUGCUUGAGGGCCCACUGCUGAGCACCGAACAAGCACUCAGUGGAGGUCUGUGAUUUGAUAUCUGAGAUUUACCUGGUCCUCCAGCAUCGUUCCCUGAGAACAAAACUACUCAUCCCUUCAGGCUUUGGGGGGACCACUAUUUCCGUGCGUUGCUUACAGACCUUGGGCUUCCUGGGGAUUGCAAACCACUCGUCUCUUCCGUGCGCAGCAGGCGGCAGGUGCGUGGACUUGAGCAGGGUGGGCGGGGCGGCAUUCAUUCCUCUCCACUCCCUUCCCGGGGACUGUGGGCGUGGGUGUGGAUAAUUCAAUCCCCGUGGGAUCUGGCGUCUGGCCUCACCCGCAGCUCGGCGGAUUGGUUGAUGGUUUCAGCUCGCCCCCGCCCUCCUUCCCUCCGCGUCCCAGGUGGCUCAGGCCCCCUGUGGUGCUCUCUGUUUACGGAGAGAGCCCGUCCAAGUUGGGCUCCAUCUCUGCAAUCGCUCCCCUCUGAGAACCCGCCCGCCCGGGGAGUGGGGAGAAAACCAGGCCGUGCCUUUCCUCGUCAUUCCCCUUCCCCCACCGCCCGGAGAGGUCGGGGUGACGUGCCCACCCUGGGCAAGCAGCCAGAAGCUGGAUCUCAGGGAUGCCAGAUCCCUAGAGGAGGCACAGACGUGGAGACUUCACUCAUAGGUGUUCCUCCUCCCCCAGAAGGCGAUGACCCCCAAGCCGGCCGGACCCCCGGACGGGGGCUGGGGCUGGGUGGUGGCGGCCGCAGCCUUCGCGGUGAAUGGGCUCUCCUACGGGCUGUUACGCUCCCUGGGUCUUGCCCUCCCUGACCUCGCGGAGCACUUUGACCGAAGCGCUCAGGACACAGCGUGGGUCAGCGCCCUGGCCCUGGCCGUCCAGCAGGCAGCCAGCCCAGUGGGCAGCGCCCUGAGUACCCGCUGGGGGGCGCGCCCGGUGGUCAUGGUUGGGGGCGUCCUCACCUCGCUUGGCUUCGUCUUCUCGGCUUUCGCCCGCAGUCUGCUGCACCUCUACCUCGGCCUGGGCGUCCUCGCUGGUUUCGGCUGGGCCCUGGUGUUCGCCCCUGCCCUCGGCACUCUCUCGCGUUACUUCUCCCGCCGUCGAGUCUUGGCCGUGGGGCUGGCACUCACGGGCAACGGGGCCUCCUCGCUGCUCCUGGCGCCCACCUUGCAGUUCCUCCUUGAUACUUUCGGCUGGCGGGGCGCCCUGCUCCUCCUUGGCGCCAUUACCCUUCACCUUACCCCCUGUGGCGCCCUGCUGCGCCCCCUCACGCUCCCUGGCGACGCCCCGGCCCCACCGCGCGGGCCCCUAGCUGCCCUCGGCCUGGGUCUCUUCACACGCCGGGCCUUCUCAGUUUUCGCUCUGGGCACGGCCCUGGUGGGGGGCGGCUAUUUCGUCCCCUACGUGCACUUGGCCCCUCACGCUUUAGACCGGGGCCUGGGGGGGUAUGGGGCAGCGCUGGUGGUGGCGGUGGCCGCGGUGGGGGACGCGGGCGCCCGGCUGGUCUGCGGGUGGCUGGCGGACCAGGGCUGGGUGCCCCUCUCGCGGCUGCUGGCGGUGUUCGGGGCUCUAACCGGGCUGGGGCUGCUGGCCGUGGGACUGGUGCCCGCGGUGCGGAGCGAGGAGGGCUGGGGGGGCCCCCUGCUGGCCGCGGCUGGGGCCUACGGGCUGAGCGCCGGAAGUUACGCCCCGCUGGUUUUCGGCGUGCUCCCAGGGCUGGUGGGCAUCGGCGGUGUCGUACAAGCCACCGGGCUGAUGAUGAUGCUGAUGAGCCUCGGGGGGCUUCUGGGCCCUCCGCUGUCAGGCUUCCUAAGGGAUGAGACCGGAGACUUCACCGCCUCCUUCCUCGUGUGCGGCUCUUUCAUCCUCUCUGGCAGCUUUAUUUACAUGGGGCUGCCCGCAGCGCUGCCCUCCUGCCGUUCAGCCUCACAUCCAGCCACCUUUCCCCCUGAGAGGGGGGAGCUGCUCCCUGCUCCUCAGGUUGCUCUGCUUUCGCCAGGAGGCCCUCACUCCUCCCUGGAUACCGCUUGUUGACCAUGUUGUUUGAGCCCCUCCCCCAAUAAAGAAUUUCUAUCCGGUU